UCGGCGGUGCCCUUACUGUGCGGCGGCGCGGCCCCGCGCUCGGCAGCAAGGCGCGCGGCGGUUGGGAGGCGCCGCGUGGCGUUGCGGACGGCCCCGCGACAUGGCGGCCGCCACCUGGCGCUACCGCGGGGACCCCGAGGCGGAGCAGCCGGCGAUGCUGGUGACCUUCGCCAACGGGCAGCUGCGGCGCCCCGCCGCCCUGCGCUUCCGCCUCUACCGCAGCAGCGACGCCGCCGACCCGCGCAGGAGGCGCCGCCGGAUCCUGGUCUCAGAAACUGAAAGGCUUUCAUAUGUGGGAAAUAACUUCAGCAGUGGAGUUAUGAAAUGUAACUCACUGUGCAGGUAUUUUGUUGGUGUGUUAAACAAGGACUCUGGGCAAAUGGAAGUCUACAAUGCUGAAAUAUUCAACAUGCAGCCCUUGCUGUCAGAUAAUUUAAUACCUGAUGACACAAAGGAUUACCAGAAUAAAUCCUUCAGGGAGAAGGUGGAUUUGUGCAUUGAGGCCUUUGGCACCAGCAAGCAGAAGCGAGCUCUGAAUUCCCGACGAAUGAAUGCAGUGGGCAAUGAUAUUCUUAACACAGCUGUGACAAAAGCAGCAGCAAAUGUUAUAGAUGCAAAGGGAGUAACAGCUUUGAUCCAAGAUGUGGCCCAAGACGAUGUACAGAACAUGUCCAUAUUUCUGCCUCCGUGUCACGAAGAUGCCGACAAACCAGAACAUGUUUACAAGUUUGAAGACAUCCUGUCCCCAGCAGAGUAUGAAGCACUGAAGGGUCCAGCAGCAGCCUUUAUUAACAUCACUCCAGAAGAAAUCACCAAGAAAACAGAAGAGAAAAGCCAUUGCUCCUUUGUCUUAGAGGAGCUGAAGUUCCUGCCUGUUGAUGAGAAGAGCAGGGAUCACAAAGCCCGAUGCCUGUGGUUCCUGGACAUCCUUAUUAAGUUCAGCUUCCUGAAAGUCAUCAAGAAGAAGCAUCCAAUGGGUCCUGAAUGUCCACACAUUAUUAGCAGGAAACUCAUGAAGAACUUCACCUCACUGACCUACAACAACGGCAGUGUCCAGAAUUUAAUCUCUGCAUCAAUGAAGACUAAAAUCGCAUCAUACGUCAUCGCCUUGGCUCUGCACAUUAACAAAUUCCAAAUAGACCUCACCGUCCUGCAGAAUGACAUGAAGCUCCACGAAAGCAGGAUGAUGGACAUUGCAAAGGCCAUGCGGUUGAAGAUCUCCAAGGCAAAAGGACUGCCAGGACUUGAGAAUGAUCAGAACCACAAGCUUGGCACACUGUCUCUCCCCUUGCCUGCACAGAAGACAUCAGGGAACCAAAGGAAGCGCAAGAAGAUGAACUAAAAUGUCUGAGAGGUCUGAGCAGGUGUGAAAAAGUUCCCUUCAGAACAGUCACCCUGCACAUACAGAGUCAUGGGGAUGCUUUUCUCUGUUGUGUUUGGUUGUCCAGCAUUACUACACAAUCUCACUGAAGUCACAGUGUUGGGCUGGAACUGGUGUUCACUUCAUUAAACUGCUGAUCUUUUCUAUUAAAAAAAAAAAAAGCUCUAAUAAA